AUGAUGCGCGUCGUAUACGACGCUUCGUGCAAAACGUCUAACGGGAGGUCUUUGAAUGAUAUUUUAUGCACGGGUCCCGCCCUACAAAACGAUAUUGGAGGAGUUAUACUCAACUGGCGUCUCCAUCGGUAUGUCUUCGUGGCCGAUAUAACGAAAAUGUAUCGCUGUAUAGAUAUGCAUGAAGAAGAUGCCCAGUAUCAGCGAAUUUUCUGGCGCGAUGAAAAGGGACUCAUCAAGAUAUAUUUUUUGACUACAAUUGCAUCCGACGAGCGCGAACGCUAUCCUCUGGCCGAGCAUGUCCUUAAAAAAGAAAUCUAUGUGGACGAUGUUCAAACAGGACACGAGACCAUCGACGGAGCUCUAAAAAUUCGCAAUGAUGUCAUCGCAGCUCUGCAAUCAGCAGGCAUGGAGCUCAAGAAGUGGGCAUCCAACCAUCCAGAUAUCUUAGAAAGCAUCCCAACUACAGAUCUCUCUAACAGUAGCAUUUUUGAGAUAGACAAUAAGGACUCCAUUAAAACUUUAUGGUUGUAUUGGCAUCCAAACAAAGAUGGUUUUGGUUUUAAUCUUAAGUUUUCUCUCAAUCCUAUAUUCACCAAACGUUCUAUACUAUCCACAGUAGCACGCUUAUUCGAUCCGUUGGGAUACCUGGCACCAGUGAUCAUCGCUGCGAAAAUCCUGUUGAAGGAAGUUUGGAGUUUUCGUAUCGAGCGCAAGGAUGAGCCUCCCGCAUCAUUAGAUUGGGACGACCCAUUGCCAGAUAAACUCGCUGAGCGGUGGCGACAGCUCAUUCAAGAGCUCCCCGACAGCGAAGAGAUCCACAUCCCUCGGUGGUUAGGCUUCGAUUUAAGGCAUGUCUCGACGUUGCAACUACACAUGUUUUGUGAUGGAUCAUCCAUGGCAGCAUGCGCUUAUCUUCGAGCUAGUUGUACUGAUGGUUCCGUGCAGGUUAACUUAUUAGCCGCCCGCAAUCGAGUCACACCAGUUAAGCCGCUAACACUUCCGAGAGUUGAGUUAUCCGGAGCCCUGCUGUGUACACAAUUAGCCGAUUGGAUUGUCAAUCAACUUCAAGCAUCACAUCACACCAUAUCCGUACACUACUGGUCGGAUGCAACGAUGGUGCUGUAUUGUAUCAGCGGUGACCCUAGGCGUUAG